AUGGCUCCCGUCGGAGGUUCAUCUCAGUUCGAUCAAAUCGCUUUGCAGCGUCGACAAGAACUCCAAGGGGCUUCCGGGCCAGCAGCGCUGGUGAAGAAUGCAAAGGUCUUUGGAAUCGCAUGCUUCGCAUGCCUUGGAGGCCUUCUUUAUGGAUACWAUCAAGGUGUCUUUUCCGGAGUGCUCACCAUGAAUUCUUUCGACGAUCAUAUGGGGAUCUGGGUUCAAGACCAGAACAAGAAGGGUUGGCUAACUGCCAUCCUGGAAUUGGGAGCUUGGGUCGGCUGUCUUUACUCUGGAUUCUUGGCUGAGAUUCUCAGCCGUAAGUACGCGAUCUUAAUCAAUACCGCGAUAUUCAUCCUCGGAGUCAUUGUGCAAGUGACUGCAGUAACUGGAGCUGGCCCAUCACUCAUCCUGGGUGGACGGUUCAUCACAGGUAUGGGCGUUGGUAGUUUGUCUAUGAUUGUGCCGAUGUACAAUGCAGAWGUCGCUCCUCCUGAAGUCCGAGGGGCUCUAGUAGGACUGCAGCAGUUGGCGAUCACAACUGGCAUCAUGAUCUCUUUCUGGAUUGACUACGGCACCAACUACAUCGGAGGAACUGGAGAUGGUCAGCACGAUGCUGCUUGGCUCGUUCCCCUUGCCCUGCAACUUKUACCGGCUGUACUUUUGGGUGUUGGCAUGAUAUUCAUGCCAUUCAGCCCAAGGUGGCUCGUCCACCACGGUCGAGAAGCUGAUGCCAGGAGAACGCUCGCUAGUCUCCGAGAUUUGCCUCAAGACCACGAGCUCAUUGAGUUGGAAUUUCUCGAGAUCAAGGCUCAAUCCAUGUUCGAGAAACGCUCGACUGCCGAAAAGUUCCCAGACCUUGCGGAUGGCUCAGCCUGGAGCGUAGUCAAACUACAAUUCAUCGCCAUCGGCUCGCUGUUCAAGUCCAUGCCUAUGUUCCGGCGUGUCGUUCUUGCAACAGUUACGAUGUUCUUCCAGCAAUGGACAGGUAUCAACGCUGUUCUCUAUUACGCGCCUCAAAUUUUCCAAGGACUCGGGUUAUCCGGAACCACCACAUCACUCCUAGCGACUGGUGUUGUUGGUAUCGCUAUGUGGCUCGCUACCAUUCCGGCUGUCAUAUACGUCGAUCAGCUCGGGCGAAAGCCAAUCCUAGUCAGCGGCGCUAUUGGUAUGGCGACUUGUCAUAUGAUCAUCGCAGUCAUCACAGCAAAGAAUCAAGACCAAUGGGCUUCCCAUUCGGCGGCUGGAUGGGCAGCUGUAUCUAUGGUUUGGUUAUUUGUGGUAUUCUUUGGCUAUAGCUGGGGACCAUGCGCAUGGAUCGUGAUUGCCGAGAUAUGGCCGCUCUCAACGAGGCCCUACGGAAUCGCCUUGGGGGCAUCUAGCAACUGGAUGAACAACUUCAUUGUGGGGCAGGUGACUCCGCAGAUGCUUACCCAAUUGACCUAUGGCACUUAUCUCUUUUUCGGCAUCCUCACCUUCAUGGGCGCCGGCUUUAUAUGGUGGUUCUUCCCAGAGACCAAAGGAUUGAGUCUCGAGGAAAUGGAUGUCGUGUUUGGGUCCCACGGAUUCGCAGCGGCGGACGCUGAGCGUAUGCGUGAGAUCAAUCGAGAGAUUGGUUUGGAGAAGGCUGCUACUGGCGAGCCGCUCCCUGGACGUGUCGAUGAGAAGAAUGGCGUACAGCAUACGGAGAAGAGGAGUGGUAGCUUUUAG